AUGUCGUUCAUCGGCACUGGUUCCUUCGGGAACUACGACCUCACGGCCCAGAUGACUGGAGCCGGGUCUCCGCUGUCACGGCAGACCACACAUGAGCAGCACGAUGACACGCCGGCGAGCCCCUCUUCGCCGCGCCGGCUCAGCAAGACCCUGAGCAGAACACGGUCCAGGUCGGUGCCGGAGAUGCCUAAGGAGAAGGAGCAGGCUGGGGCCGAGAGGGAUGUCCCUACUGCUGGCACUGGCAAUGGCACCGAUACCGCUGUCGAGGACAACGAAGAGGACGACGCCAUCGAGGAGGAACGUCGCGCGAGCAUGGUCCAGGCUCUUGCUAGAAAGUUCACCGCUCAGUCCCAGGCCAACGUGCCCGCGGGCGCCAACGUCUUCAAGAUCGCGUCAGAGGAGGAGGACUCGCCGUUAAACCCCAAUGGUCCCAAUUUCAGUGCCCGUGCCUGGGCCAAGGCCGUUGCUGAGAUGGUGACCGGCGCUGGCGGCAAGUUUCGUACCACCGGUGUCGCUUUCCAGAAUCUCAACGUUUAUGGCUUCGGUACGCCCACUGACUUCCAGAAGGAUGUCCUGAACAUCUGGCUUGAGGCUGUCGGUCUGAUCCGGAAGCUCACGGGCACGGGCAAGCGUCGGAUUGACAUCCUGCGCGACUUCAACGGCCUUGUUCGCAAGGGUGAGAUGCUCGUCGUCCUGGGCCCCCCUGGGUCUGGCUGCACGACCUUCCUCAAGACCAUUGCCGGCGAUUUCAACGGCAUCUAUGUCGACGACAAGUCCUACUUCAACUACCAAGGCAUGACUGCGCAGGAGAUGCACACACAUCACCGCGGUGAGGCUAUUUACACGGCUGAGGUGGAUACUCACUUCCCACAGCUCACCGUCGGCGAGACCCUAACCUUCGCUGCCCAUGCUCGUGCUCCUGCUACCCUGCCCGAGGGCAUCACCAAGACCUCCUUUGCCAAUCACCUCAGGGAUGUCGUCAUGGCCAUGUUCGGUAUCAGCCACACCAUCAACACCCGUGUCGGUAACGAGUACAUCCGCGGUGUGUCGGGAGGUGAGCGGAAGCGUGUUACCAUCGCCGAAGCUGCCCUGUCGAACGCGCCGCUGCAGUGCUGGGAUAACAGUACUAGAGGUCUGGAUAGCGCCAACGCCAUCGAGUUUUGCAAAACUCUGCGGCUCCAGACCGAGAUCUUCCAGAACACCGCCUGCGUUUCCAUCUACCAGGCCCCGCAGAGUGCCUACGACCUCUUCGACAAGGUUACCGUACUCUACGAGGGUCGCCAGAUCUACUUCGGGAAGGCCAGCGAGGCCAAGCAGUACUUCAUCAACCUGGGCUUCGAGUGCCCGCCGCGUCAGACGACUCCCGACUUCCUCACGUCCAUGACCAGCCCGCAGGAGCGUAUUGUUCGCCCCGGCUUCGAGGACAAGGCCCCUCGCACGCCCGACGAGUUCGCCGCCGCGUGGAAGAACAGCGCUGAGUACAAGGCCCUUCAGGAGGAGAUUGAGCAGUACAAGAAGGAUCAUCCCCUCAACGGCCCGGAUGCGGAGGCCUUCCGUGCCUCUCGCAGGGCGCAGCAGGCCAAGGGCCAGCGCGCCAAGUCCCCCUUCACGCUGUCCUACGCGCAGCAGAUUAACCUCUGUCUCUGGCGUGGCUGGAGGCGUCUCAUUGGCGACCCCAGCUUGACUCUCGGGGCUCUUAUCGGCAACUUCAUCAUGGCUCUGAUCAUCUCGUCCGUCUUCUACAACCUCAAGCAGACCACCGACAGCUUCUACCAGCGUGGCGCUCUGCUGUUUUUUGCCUGUCUCAUGAACGCCUUCUCUAGUGCCCUCGAAAUCUUGACUCUUUACGCCCAACGCCCGAUCGUCGAGAAGCACGACCGCUAUGCCUUCUAUCAUCCGUCUGCCGAAGCCGUCUCGUCCAUGCUCUGCGACAUGCCGUACAAGGUGGUCAACUGCAUCAUCUUCAAUGUUACCUUGUAUUUCAUGACGAAUCUGCGUCGUGAGGCGGGACCUUUUUUCUUCUUCCUGCUCAUCUCGUUCUUUACCGUCUUGUGCAUGUCCAUGAUCUUCCGGACGAUUGCCAGCUCCUCGCGCACGCUGUCCCAGGCCAUGGUUCCAGCUGCCGUUAUCAUUCUCGCCCUCGUCAUAUUCACCGGUUUCGUCAUCCCCAUCGACUACAUGCUCGGCUGGUGCCGCUGGAUCAACUACAUCGACCCGUUGGCCUACGCGUUCGAGUCGCUUAUGGUGAACGAGUUUCACAACCGCAACUUCACCUGCACUUCGUUCGUGCCAAGCCCCAUGAUCGCCGGCUACGAGAACGUUGGCCCGCUGAACCGCGCUUGCUCUGCCAUCGGCUCCGUCCCCGGCUCGCCCGUGGUCAAUGGCGAUGACUACAUCAACUCGGGCUUCAAGUACUUCCAUGCCCACAAGUGGCGCAACUUUGGCAUCGUCAUCGGCUUUACGAUCUUCUUCCUCAUCACCUACAUGAUCGCUGCCGAGAACGUUGCUGCCAAGAAAAGCAAGGGCGAAGUCCUGGUCUUCCGUCGCGGCCACCAGCCUGCUGCUUUUGAUGACAAACACAAGGGCGACGCCGAGUCGGGUACCCGUCCUGGUGGUCUUGCUGCUGCUUUCGCUAAGGCUGCUGCUAACGGCGGCAACACUUCGGAUGGCAACUCCUCGGACAAGGAAGGCGGUCAGCUGCGCGGCACUACCAGCGUUUUCCACUGGAGCAACGUCUGCUACGAGGUCAAGGUCAAGGGCGAGACACGACAGAUUCUUGAUCAUGUCGAUGGUUGGGUCAAGCCGGGUACCCUGACUGCGCUGAUGGGCGUUUCUGGCGCUGGUAAGACCACGCUGCUUGACUGCUUGGCUGACAGAACUUCGAUGGGUGUCAUCACGGGUGAGAUGCUUGUUGACGGCAAGCCGAGAGAUGCUUCGUUCCAGCGCAAGACCGGUUACGUCCAGCAGCAGGAUCUCCAUCUCCAGACAACCACGGUUCGCGAGGCUCUGAACUUCAGCGCUCUUCUCCGUCAGCCUGCCCAUAUCCCGCGCGAGGAGAAGCUCGCUUAUGUCGAUGAGGUCAUCAGGAUGCUCGAGAUGGAGGACUAUGCCGAUGCCGUCAUUGGUGUCCCUGGUGAAGGUCUGAACGUCGAACAGAGGAAGCGUCUGACCAUCGGUGUCGAGCUUGCUGCUAAGCCGCCGCUCCUGCUCUUCGUCGACGAACCGACUUCGGGUCUCGACAGCCAGACUUCGUGGGCCAUCCUGGAUCUCCUCGAGAAGCUGACCAAGAACGGUCAGGCCAUUCUUUGCACCAUCCACCAGCCCUCUGCCAUGCUCUUCCAGCGCUUCGACCGUCUUCUCUUCCUGGCCAAGGGCGGCAAGACCGUCUACUUCGGCGAUAUCGGCAAGAACGCCGAGACGAUGCGGGCCUACUUCGAGCGCAACGGUGCUGAUGCCUGCCCUCCUGACGCUAACCCGGCUGAGUGGAUGCUUGAGGUCAUUGGUGCCGCGCCCGGCAGCCACACCGACAUCGACUGGCCCAAGGUCUGGCGCGAGAGCCCCGAGUACCAGGCCGUGCAGGACGAGCUGCGCCGUCUCAAGGAGAACCCCAAGCAGACGACGACGCUGGACGAGGACCCGGAUAGCUACAAGGAGUUUGCUGCGCCCUUCUGGGAGCAGCUCCGCCUGGUCACCCACCGCGUCUUCCAGCAGUAUUGGCGCACGCCCUCGUACAUCUACUCCAAGGCCUCUCUCUGCACGCUGGUCGCGCUGUUCAUCGGCUUCGUCUUCUACAAGGCUCCCAACUCCAUCAUGGGUCUUCAAAACCAGAUGUUCGCCAUCUUCAACAUCUUGACCAUCUUCGGCCAGCUGGUGCAGCAAACGAUGCCGCACUUCGUCACGCAGCGUUCCCUCUAUGAAGUCCGCGAGCGCCCCUCCAAGGUCUACAGCUGGAAGGUCUUCAUGCUUUCGCAAAUCAUCGCCGAGAUCCCGUGGAAUACGCUCAUGGGUGCCAUUAUGUUCUUCUGCUGGUACUAUCCCGUCGGCUUGCAGAACAAUGCUGCUGUCGCGGGUCAGACCGCUGAGCGUGGCGCCCUCAUGUUCCUGUUGCUUGUUGCCUUCCUGCUGUUCACUUGCACUUUCACCGACUUCAUCAUUGCCGGCUUUGAAACGGCCGAGGCGGGCGGUAACGUGGCCAACCUGCUAUUCUCGCUGUGCUUGAUCUUCUGCGGUGUCCUUGCCGGGCCGGACUCGAUGCCCAAGUUUUGGGAGUUCAUGUACCGCGUCAGUCCCUUCACGUAUCUCGUUAGUGCCAUGCUUUCGACGGCGGUGGCCAACACGAAUGUUGUGUGCGCCGCAAAUGAGUACAUGAAUUUUGUACCGCCGAAUGGCACCACCUGCGGCGAGUACAUGGAUUCGUAUAUCAAGGCAGCUGGUGGGUACCUGCUUGAUCCGAAUAACACGACCAUGUGCUCGUACUGCACCAUCAGCGACACAAAUGUCUUUUUGGCGGGUGUGCACUCUCAUUAUGAGGAUCGUUGGCGCAACUUUGGUCUUCUCUGGGUGUAUAUCGUCUUCAAUAUCUUCGGCGCCCUCUUCGUCUACUGGCUCGCCAGAGUGCCCAAGGGUAAGAAGGUUGCCAUCAAGACGAAGCAGGAGUAA